UAUUGGCUCGGUGUUGUUAGAAUCUAAUUUCUUACUAAGUAUCUCGACAAAGUCAGUUUCUUGGAGAGUGCUGAUUACAGGCAGUUUGAGAAAGAGAGAGACGCUAGUUUGAGAAGACACGAUGAGACCGACUCCUCUAACGUUCUUCUACAUCUGCUUGUCUAAACCGAGUCCCCGUUUUCUUGAUUGAUU